AUGGCUGAACAGAUCGAGAAAAAGGUUGUGGAUCUGCUGGUCGACAACGCCGAGAACGACGCUGCUGACGCCGUUGUCCAGGCCGCCGCCGGUCUGGCUGAGAAGGCCGCCGAGGGCAUUGUCAAUGCUGUCAAGGGCCCCAUUGAGGAGGCCAUCGAGGCUCCUGUUGCUGGUGAGGAGAAGGAGUCCAAGGAGGAGUCCAAGGAGGAGUCCAAGGAGGAGUCCAAGGGGGAGUCCAAGGGGGAGUCCAAGGAGGAUUUCAAGGAGGAGUCCAAGGAGGCUGCUCCUGCCACCGAGGAGAAGCCUGCUGCCGAGUCCAAGGCUGAGACCAAGGAGGAGCCCAAGACUGAGGAGCCUGCUGCCCCCGCCAAGCCCAAGGAGCCCGUCACCGACGCCGAAGCUCCCAUUCUCAAGCAGGUGGAGUUCUACUUCUCCGACCAGAACCUGCCCACCGACAAGUUCCUGUGGAAGGCCGUCCACAGCAACGACGGCUGGGUGCCCAUUCACACCAUUGCUUCCUUCAAGCGAAUGCAGCAGUUUGCCAACCCCGAGGCUGAGGAUCCUCUGGCCGUGAUUGUCUCUGCUCUGCGAAAGUCGCCCUCUCUUCUGGAGGUGUCUGAGGAUGGCACCAAGGUCAAGCGAGUCAAGGCUCUGCAGGCUCCCGAUGACAAGUCCAAGGACGAGGCCAACGCCCGAACCGUCUACGCCAAGGGCUUCCUGCCCGAGGACAAGGUCCCCACCAAGGAUACCCCUGCCUCCGAGCUUGGCGCCCCCCUGACCCGAGAGGAGGAGCUUGCUCUGCAGAUUGAGAUUGAGAAGUUCUUCGAGGGCUACGGCAAGAUUGUGCAAGUGCGACUCCGACGACGAACCGAGCAGCAGAACCGGUUCAAGGGCUCCGUGUUCGCCGAGUUCGAGAAGCUCGAGGACGCCACCAAGUUCCUGGCCCUUGAUCCCAAGCCCACCUUCCAGGGCCGAGAGCUCAAGACCAUGUCCAAGCCCGCCUACUGCGAGAUGAAGAAGGCCGAGCUGGGCUUCACCGACGGUGCCAACGGCAAGCGGGGUCCCCGAAAGUUCAACGGCUUCAAGGACAAUGAGUCCCGAAAGCGAGGCAACGACGACGACGACAACGGAGACAACAAGCGACAGCGAGGUAACCCUCGACGUGGUCGUGGUGGACGAGGUCGAGGCCGAGGCGGCCGAGGCCGAGGAGGACGAGAUUAG